AUGGGCGGGGGUGUUUUUCUCCAUGCUAGUCUGCUGUUCGGACUCAUGCUGAGUGUCAUGGACGGGUCGCUUGUCGCGACGGCGUUGGUCACGAUUGGUGAUCAUUUUCAGGAUUUUAGACGCAUUCAGUGGGUGGUGCUGUCGUAUCUGUUGGCUUAUUUAGCGUUUACUCUUGUUUUGCCGCGGAUUAGCGAUAUUAUAGGGCGGAAGUGGGCCGUUGUUACGUCUCUGGUCAUUAUCACGGCCGCCUCCAUCGGAUGCGGGUGCUCGCAGACGCUGGAGCAACUGAUCGCGUUUCGCGCGUUGCAGGGGAUCGGUGGAUCCGGGCUGUACUCGCUGGCUCUGAUAGUAAUCAUAGAUAUCACGCCGAACGAGAAGAUACCCCUGAUGAGUGGGCUUUUGGGCAUUGUGUUCGCUGUGUCUUCGGUGCUCGCGCCAACUAUAGGCGGAGUGAUCAGCACACAUUCGACCUGGCGAUGGGUCUUCUGGUUCAAUAUCCCCUGCGGCGGGCUUAUACUCAUCAUCAUGCUCCUGGUCUGCCCGACUAUCCAUACCCCCGGGAAUAUCACCUGGCGACAGCUGGAUGUGCUGGGGUGCGCGUUAUACCUGGCUGCCUCGGUGCUGGCGAUCCUUGCUCUCCAGGAAGCUGGGGCGGCGUCGUUCGCGUGGGACUCGGCUGCGUUUAUCGUCUGUUUUGUGGUCGCGGGACUGGCUACUUGUGCUCUUGCUGCGUGGGUUGUGUUCCUGUCCCAUAGGCAGAGGUCGGUUGCGCCGUUGUUCCCGGCUAGGAUUCUGGGGCAUCGGGCUAUGUUGAUGACGAUACUCGCCUCCGUAUUGAACGGUUAUGUUUUCUAUACGGUGUUGAUCGAGCUACCGGAGAGAUUUCAGAUCGUCAACGGCAAAACGCCCCAGACGGCAGGUAUUUACCUACUGGCCAUGUCUGGAGCAUCGGCGAUCGGCUCUGGCCUUGGAGGCUUCUUAGCCAGAAGGACCUGGAGCGGAUUCUUCACCCUCAACGCAGGCUGCGGGUUUGUCCUUCUGGGGGCUGGGCUGCUCUACACCGUCGGCUUCAGCCACUUCGUACCAGGCAGAUUGUUUGGAUACGAGGUACUGAUCGGAUUUGGUUUUGGAAUCAUAUUCUCCAGCUCCGUGAUGAUAGUCAAAAUGCACGCUCGGCCAGAGGACUCGGCACCGGCACAAGGCCUCGUCGCGCAAAGCCGCGUCCUGGGCGGCAACAUUGGACUCGCAAUUGCGACGGUGAUCCUCAACCAGCACCUGGUGUCGGACCUGCAGGGCAUCCUGUCCGACUCGCAGCUCAACGAUCUCCGGCACUCGCUGACCGCCAUCCGGAGCUUGGAUCCACAUGAUGUUGAGGCCGUCCGGGCUUCCUUUGCGGAUGCUUUUCAUAGCCAGAUGGAGGUUAGUAUGUUUGUUGCUGCGGCGGCGCUGCUGGCGGCGCUGUGUACGUGGAAACGGUAUCCGUCUGAUAGCUGAGCUGUUGGGGGGGGGUACUACGUAGUUUUUAGUUUGCCCUGCGUGGUUGUGUGUCGAGUCUAAGGUGUCAGGCUAUCUUCUAACGGUUGUUGUCAGGUCCAGAGUGAUCUGGAAGGGAUGGAUUUAUUGUCGCAGCGGUCAUAUCAAACUGUGACCUACCCGACUGGCGAGUUAAGACAUCUCUUCAGUCGAGUGAUCCUAUAUAUAACGUCCUGUGGAACGAG